AUGGAUGGAUAUGAAGAAACAUUCAAAUUCAUUAAAAAUAACAUUCCCACAACGUGGGUAAAAGAUUUAAUUCCACAAACCAGCACUAUAGCCUCCAAUAUAUCUCAUGUAUAUUCAUCUAUUUUCUUUAUUUUCUCUUCCAUACCUUUAUACAAAAAGAUACUCUAUUCGAAUGUGAAGCAUCGACUGAAAACAUUUUUUUCUAUGCCCGAAAGCAAGAUUAUACUAUGGAAACAAAAAGGAGAACACAGUGAUGAUGAUAUGACUGAUGAUGAAUAUAGUGACGAAGAGGAAUAUAAUAAUGAAGAAGAUAGCGAAAAUGAAUAUACUGAUGAUGAGAUAACAGAACAAGACACACGUGAAGAUAAGAAUUUGAUUUCUAAAACAAGUUCCAGUAAAUCUAAAAAAACUGUAUCAACAAAUAAUGAUAAAACAAGUUCCGACAAAAAUGGAAGCAAAAGUAGUGUUAUUUCUUUGAUAAAAAAAAAACCAACAUCUUAUAAUAACUUAACAGAAUAUUGGAAAAGAAGACGAUGGAAAAAAUAUUUAAAGAAAGUUGACAAUGAAUGGCAACUAUUAAAUUUAGGCAUUGAAAAUGUAAUUAAAAAAAUGAUAGAAAGAAACAAUGUUGAAUUAGAAAAAUGGAAAACCCAACAAGCAAAUAAAUGGCUCGAUUCAAAUCAUUUAUAUGCACAAUAUGCUUUAUUAUAUAAAAAGACAGUUCCAAGUAUUGAAAUAGAUAAUAUUAUAGAACAAAUGGGAAAUAAAUUAAAGGAAAAAAUAUAUAAUCGUUGGAGCAAUUUACAAGCAGAAAACGAAAAUAAUAUAAGGAAAUGGGUCAUAGAACAAUGGAAUGAAUGGAAAAAUGCUAAAAUAAUAUCAUGGCUAAUGUGUGAUUGGAAACGAAAUGAAAAUGAAAAAUGGGUUCAAUGGAAACAUAAGUAUAGAUAUCAUUUCAAACAUGCCCCCAAUCGUGACGAAUACCAAGCGUGGCAAAAACGAACUAAUAUUGAAAAAAAACAAUGGAGUAAUUGGGUACGAAUAAAAGAAGAUCACUAUAUUUAUAAUAUUGGAAUUUUAUGUAAUAAAGAAAAAAAUAUUUACAAAAGUUCUAUUGUUAAAUGGAUAAAUGAUAUUGUUGACAAAUUUGUUAAAAACCCUCAGUUACGUUUAUGGAUUGAAGAACAACAGGAUAAGCCUUUCCCAAAUAAAAAAUUAUUAAAAGGAUCAAAAGUAAAAUGUUCGAAAAAGUCUAAUAUUGAAAUAAAUGCAUAA